UUGCUAUACAGGUAGCAUAGUAACGUCUGUUUCCAUUAUCUCUCGAGUUAGGAAAGUGCAAAAACGCACGUUCAGCAGUCGAUAAGAGAAUGGAUUCAAUCGAAUCGGUUGAUAAGCUUCCUUUGUCCUCGGGUUUGUCUCUCAAAAGCGCCGUCCAGUCGACCCACAUUAACAGUGCUUCGUAGAAUGUUGUCCUGAAUUAGUCGCGUUUUUCCAUUCGAAUAAAAAUGAAACUCUUUGUAUCAUCCCUGGUCACAAUAACCGUACUGUUGUCCAGUGUGAACGCUGCACUCCCGGAUCAGCUCUGCACGACCGAUACCCGAAAAUGCACAUCCCGCUUCUCCGGCUACAAAUACCUCAACAACGACCUAACGGACAUCACGACCCAGCUGCUGGAUCAGUCGUUUGACUUUCUGUUCCUAUCGGCGGCCUUCAACCAGGUUGACCGUAAUCGGCCUGGAUUCGAGAAGCUGUACCGCAACAUUGCCAACCGGGCCUGGUCGGAUGCGAUUGCCGUGAUGCAGUAUCAAAGCAAGCGCGGUUAUCGGGGUUCGCUAAAUCCAGGGUAUUCGGGUGCUAGGAGUGAGUUGCGCCGGUUGGCGGAUCCUGCUGCAGCCAGCGAGCACGAAUCGCUCCAGUUGGCUAUGGAGUACGAAAAGUUGGUUUCCGAGGGGUUGCACGCGAUUAGCAAGAAGGCUUCCGUUGCUCAUCAACAUCCGGCGCAGUAUGAUCCGGAUGUGGUGCACUUUUUGGACCAUCAGCUGAUUCAGCGGCGCAGUGAAUCGGUUCGGAAGUUGAACGGGUAUAUUCAUAUGUUGGAUGGGAUCUUGAAUGCGGAUUCUAGUACAGCGGAUGUCGGACUGCGGUUGUUCGAUGAGUACUUGGAUUCGAGGGAGUGAAAGAAGUUUUGUGGCGUGGAAGAGUGCGAUGUUUUGAGAUUGCAGUAAAACAGUAUUGUAUUAACUGUGUCAGUAGUUCGACGUAGAUA